AUGUCUGAGAAUCGGCAAGCAGUGGCACGGUUAACCCGUGAAUUGCAAGCUCUUAAAAAAGCUUGCCCGGCACAGAUUGACGCCAUGCCUUCUACUAAGAACAUGCUCGAGUGGCACUUUGUAGUUUUCGAUCUUCCCGAAGACACUCCGUAUUACGGCGGUGUCUAUCACGGGAAGUUGGUGUUCCCACAGAUGUAUCCGUUGAAACCACCGGCCAUCUACAUGAUCACUCCCAAUGGGAGAUUCGAGACGCAUACCAAAUUGUGUCUGUCGAUGUCGGACUUCCAUCCUGAAUCCUGGAAUCCCAGCUGGCGGGUGGAGACCAUUCUCAUCGGUCUCGUCAGUUUCAUGUUGGACAAGACUGAGCCGCGAACUACUGGAGGGAUGUCGGCAUCAACAGCUUACAGAGAGAAGUGUGCAAUCAAUAGCUUUGCGAAAAAUAAAUUCAAUAAAGACUUCCGAGAGCUCUUCCCGGAGUUUUUGGACACUUCUCGGUUCUAUCCCACCCAUGGGUAUUUUCAUCGGAUAGCCCCGCCAGAGGGAGCUAAGAACUGCGCUGACUGUGGCUUUCCUGAUAAUGAUGCUGUGUUCGCCUGCAAGGAUUUCUCCAAGUUUUGUAAGCGACUCGGAGGGAGCGAGAAUCAUGUGUAUGACCCGAAUUCAAACGACACAGACGAUCUCUUCGCUGGUCUCGGCCUUGGCGACCACCAUCCUUAUCUGAUACCAACUAUUCUAGCUGCUGUGGCUGCAUUUACUGCAAUCGGCUAUGCUAUCAUUUCUUCACUCGAGGACUCUAAUGAAAAUACCAUAUGA